AUAUAUAACAUAGCAUCACCAUUUACGUAGCUAGCUCGAGUUUUAAUUAAAACCUCACCAAGAAGUUCAACCUGCAGGUAAAUUUUUAUUCAAUGUCAUCCUUCAACCUCUUCUUUUGUCGUAGCCGCAAAUUUGAUGAUCCAUUCAUCGCCGACAUCUGCAAACCGUUUCGGGAAUUCAGGUAUUACGGAACCCGGGACGAAGAAGCAUCGUUUGGUGAGUUAUCAAAGAUGGAUUGGAAGGAAACGCCGGAAGCUCACGUGUUGAAAAGUUACCUGCCGGGAGUGAAGAAGGAAGAAGUGAAAGUGGAGGUGGAAAACGAUAACGUGGUGCGUGUGAGCGGCCAGAAGAGUAUGGAGAAAGAGGAGACAUUCGGUGACUGGCAACGCCUGGAAUGCAGCAAUGAGAAUUACUUAAGAAGGUUCAGGUUGCCGGAUAAUUCUAGAACCGACAUGGUUAAAAGAUGA